AUGACUAUUUGCAAAUAUUACCUGGAAGGCCGAUGUGACUUUGGAAAUAGAUGCAAGAAUGAACAUCGCCAACCGAGUGGUGGUCAAUAUCACACUUAUAAUAACAAUGAUCGGGGUGGAAGUUCUUCGUUAUAUAGUCGACUGGGAUACUCAACUGGAAGUUCAGGAAGAAAUCAACAACCACCCGUAUACGAAGAAAAAACUGUGAGAUUGGAUCUUAGCAAAGACCGACCUCAAUAUCCCUAUUCGGUUUUUGCUCCUGGAAAAGAAGAGCCGAAUUUAAUCGAAGGCACGGAUUUUUCACCCGAAGAGCUACGAUUGGAAUUCUACAAUCUACGAAAUAUUCCCGGUGGCGAGAUACAAUAUCAAGCUGGAGUUCGUGAAUUACAAAGUAAAUUUGAUAAUCAAUUCAAUGAGAUAAACAAAGAUUUACGAGGAGCUUUACGAAUUUUUGAAAAUAAGAAACGGCAACAGGAACAAACAUCAUCUAUAUUUGGCGCUAGCAGCAGUGGUAAUGGUGGUGGUAGCGGAUUUGGAGGAAAUCAACAAUUAAUGAUGCAACAAAAUAAUCAAUCCCCAUCACCAUCGUCGUACUUGGGAGGUCAAAAUAAUAAUCAAUUCAUGGGAACGUCAGCUGGUUCUUUUGGAGCUACAACGGCAACUAUGGCUGGUGGGUCAUUUGGUAAUUUCCCUAACGGAGGAGGAAUUCUACAAAGUAAUACUACUGAACAGCAAUUUGAACGAAUUGAUCCACAGAACAUUCCACAAUUAUCAUUAGUAGAUCCACAUCCUAACUCAAUUGAAUUUGAGAUGGUACCCGAUUUACCACCACAACAAACAUCAUCUUACCCUCAAUUACAAUGA